AUGAUAAACAAUUCAGAUGAUCUUGACUUUGUAGUGUUCGGAUCGAAUGGAUACAGAGCACAAUUGGAAAGCAAGACAUUUUUUGGUUCAACAGCUGAUGAAUUAUUGAAGAGGGCAAAGGCAAACAUUAUAAUGGUACCUUGA